GAGGGCAUGGACGAUGAGACGUGGGAGGUGAUGCAGACUAUGGGCUUUGCGCGGUUCAGGUCGACGAAGAAUACUAAGGUCCCGGGGAACGACAAGAACUACGGGGUCAGGAAGGACAAGCAGAUGGUCGCCAGGCAGUACAUGAACCGCCAGGGAGGAUUCAACAGGCCGCUU